CAGCUGCAGCCAUUGCCGCAACCACGAUGCCGAAACGAAAGAAGCAGAAUCAUCAGCAGCAGCAGCCACAGCAGCAGCCCCCACUGCCAGAACGGGAAGAGACUGGAGAUGAGGAGGAUGGGACUCCCAUCGCUCUUCACAGAGGUCCUCCGGGAUCAAGGGGACCAAUGAUCCCACCACUGCUGAGUCUCCCACCUCCUCCCCGGGGCAAAGGCCCAAUUCGGGGAGGCCUAGGCCCCAGGUCUGGCCCAUAUGGUCGUGGUUGGUGGGGGGUCAAUGCUGAGCCUCCUUUUCCUGGACCAGGCCAUGGGGGUCCCUCCAGGGGAGGCUUUCACAAAGAGCAGAGAAAUCCUCGAAGGCUCAAAAGCUGGUCUCUUAUCAAGAAUACCUGCCCACCCAAGGAUGGACCCCAGGUUAUGGAAGACAAAUCUGACCGCCCCGUCUGCCGACACUUUGCCAAAAAGGGCCACUGUCGAUAUGAGGACCUCUGUGCCUUCUACCACCCUGGCGUAAAUGGACUUCCUCUGUGA